GAGAUUAAGAAAACAAAAACAAUUAUUACUACAAUUCUUGUUCAUCUAAUACACCGAAGGUCGAAGAAAUUAAGAAAUGGCAGUAGCCAAAGGUGCUUACCUGAAUCAUAUAUCCAGAGAAUCCACAGAUGUUACCCGCCUUGCCAACUUCUACAAACAGAUUUUUGGGUUUGAGGAGAUAAAGUGUCCGGAUUUUGGGUUCAAGGUGAUAUGGUUGAAUCUGCCUAAUGCUUUCACUUUUCAUUUAAUUGAAAGAACUCCCACCACUAAGCUUCCAGAAGGUCCUUACAGUGCUACUUCCCCAGUUAUUGAUCCUAGUCAUCUCCAGAGAGGCCAUCAUAUCUGCUUCACUGUCUCCAAUUUUGACUCCUUUGUUCAAGCUCUCAAGGAUAAGGGAAUAGAAUCUUUUCAGAAGUCGGUUCCUGGACGACCAAUUAGGCAGGUUUUCUUCUUUGAUCCAGAUGGUAAUGGACUGGAGGUCCAAAGUCUAGAAGAAUAGAACUGCACACAGCCGAUGUUGCGAGAAAAAUAAAUAAAUACGGCAAGAUGUUGCACUGGGUAACCCGUGUUCGCUGUUGGUCCCUGUUACUCUUAUGAUCAUGUACUGAGGAGCUGUGGUUCCUUUUUGGAAGUGAUUAGCAUUUAGCUACAGUUAUGGCAUUGUUAGAAGCUAUAUAUGUAUUUGUGUUCUCAAAUUGAAGUAAAUUUCCAUCAGGCAGUGCUAAUAAAUAAUUCCUGUUGGCAUUAUGUAAUAUUAUUUAAACAGAACAUUCACCAUUUUCAUUUA